AUGACGGCGACCCCCAAUGCAAAGGCCCAGAAGUUAGCGAGCUCAGUUGAGGAACUAUGUGUGCCGUUGGGGGAGGCUUCUUUCUGCCGUUCGAUUGUCAUGCAGGACAUGCAGCAGUUAGAUGACUGUGUGGAGUUUCUCGUGCUGAGUCACAAAGUGAAGGGCGAUGCGGCUUUCUCCUCGGGCCCCCCCCGUCUCAAAUAUGAAUCCCCUGGUAAGCUGGCGACAACGGGUGGAACCUGCGGUGAUAUCGAAAAGGAAACAGAAGGUAUAUUCAGCCAGUCGUCUCUUGGCGAUUCUGCUGCUGUUGCUACUGCCGCACAUGGCCACUGCACUGUUACAUCCAAGGAGGGCCUCAGCUUCGACUGGUUGGUUGCGUUGGGGUGUCUGAACUGUGGAGCACCCGUGGAGCUACGACGGGACCUCGUAGCAGCAGCAGAAGAAGCGACAACAGCAGCUGCUGCAGCUGCCACGGGCGGUGGGACUGCCGCUCUGGCUUUGGCAGCAGAGAAGGCAGUGCUAAGGUGUCGUCGUUGCGGCCAUCAUAUCGCGCCUCUCCAUUCUUCAGAUGAACCGGAAUCUCUUGUAGAAGCAAUGGAGUCCGGUGCUUAUCUCAAUCCAGGACUUUCUUCUCGGGGGAUUUAUAUGUACGGAAGCCGCAGCUGCUACAACUUUGGAUCGGUUAGCAAGAAGGCGUGGCAGCAGCGGUUCUUGGGGGCUGAGUUUGAGCGGCAGCAGCUGCAGCACCACCUUAAGAUAAUGCUUGCUGCAGGGGACGGAGGUAACAAAACUACUUGCAAAGAGCUCUGCGAACGCUGCGGACACACUGAAGCUUUCUUCUCGACAUUCCAAGCUCGAAGCGCAGACGAGGGGAUGACGGUGAUGUACGAAUGCACCAAAUGUCAUCACCGAAAAGUAUUCAACAACUGA